GAACUGCUAGUUACCAAGGAGAUUCUCUGAUGAAUCAGAGACUGACUGGUAUAAGACCUAGACAGGCUGUAGCUUCUUAAUUUGCGAGACCUCACAUUUUAAACAGGGGAAAAAAGAUCCUAUCGCAACUAACUGUGGACCUCACUGGCAAAAGCCGCUUUUCUUUUUGCUGUAGAAGCAAACAACAAGAGCGCAGCCUGGGAAAUGAGUGAGCAGCCGGAGACGAACGGGAGCGUCUCUCCAGCACGUUCCUGACUCAGAAAAGCAAAUACCACCCAAGGACAAAGUGGUCUGAUGGAGGUGACUGAGGGAAAGGCUGGGAAGCCCCUGAUUUCACACCAGCAAAGGCAAGGGCACGCAGGGAUGGGUGAGCACUGGAGAAAGAGCCGCACGCCUGCUCCUGCCCAGCCCUGACAUUUCGGGAAGCAGAGGGUGCACGGCCAGCGAGGUGCUGCCUGUCCGUGCGCUGGCCACGGGAUCAGCACAAUACUGGGACUGCCCCAACCCUCACCUCCUUCUUCUGCCUGCCUCCUGCAGCUUUCUUCCAAGGAGCAGGUGAGAGGGAUGAGCUUUGCUAAAUGACAGAGAAGGCACCUACUCCACACGGAGCAUCCUGCCCUCAUGGAAAUUGCCAUCAUGCCCCAGGGAAGUCACGGCAGCCGAGGAUGCGCAGGCAGAGCGGAUUUCAAGAAGAGUUUUUAUAAAUGUGGGGAGAACAAGGAGCUUCGUGAAAUAAAGUUUGGAGAGAGAAAGCUCAUCUUUUUUUGGGUUGACUUUAUUCAGAGGGUCUUCACACCCACUUCCUUCUGACAGCUUGUUUCUGUGUAGUUGCUGAAUUCUGGUGCUUUGCCUCUAUUUAAAAACCAAAAGUAAUUAAAACUUCCUGGGAACUGUGAAAGCAGCAAGAAAUACUUGGACACAUUGAGAGACAAGAUAUUUGGAAGCCUUCUGCUGGUAGAUAGGCUGUUUUCCCAAAGGUGGCAACUACAGAAGUUCAUAGAUGAGAGGGAAAAUCUCCCUGUCACAUCCCAUUGAAAUCUCCAUUUUAGGCACUGCUGCUCCUCUGCUGCUCAGGUCCUUCCAUCGUCCCACUGCAGCGAGCAGAGCCAACACUGGGCAACCCUCUAAAAUGUUUAUUUGGACCAGUGGCCGGGGAUCUACAUCUUACAGACACGAUGAGAAAAGAAAUAUUUACCAAAAAAUCAGGGAUCACGACCUACUGGACAAAAGGAAAACAGUCACAGCCCUGAAAGCUGGAGAAGACCGUGCCAUCCUCCUCGGGCUGGCCAUGAUGGUGUGCUCUAUCAUGAUGUAUUUCCUGCUGGGAAUCACGCUGCUACGCUCCUACAUGCAAAGUGUCUGGACAGAAGAGACUCAGUGCUCGCUUCUCAAUGCAUCCAUCACAGAAACCUUUAACUGCUCGUUUAACUGCGGCCCAGAGUGCUGGAAAAUCUCUCAGUACCCCUGCCUGCAGGUGUAUGUUAAUCUCACCUCUUCUGGCCAGAAGCUUCUACUUUACCACACCGAGGAAACAAUGAAAAUUAAUUCUGAGUGUUCGUACAUCCCCAAGUGCGGGAAGAAUUAUGAAGAAUCCAUGUCCCUGGUGAACGUGGUGAUGGAAAACUUCAGGAAGUACCAACGCUUCUCCUGCUUCUACGACCCCGAGGGCGUUCAGAAGAAUGUGAUCUUGACCAAACUGUACAGCUCCAACGUGCUGUUCCACUCCCUCUUCUGGCCCACCUGCAUGAUGAUCGGCGGGGUCGCCAUCGUCGCCAUGGUAAAGCUGACUCAAUACCUUUCCCUGCUCUGCGAGAGAAUCCAAAGGAUCAGCAGAUAGGAAAGGAGACUUCUCUGAGAUUUAAUUACAGUGAAAAUACUGUUUUUUCUCAUUCUUCACCAAAGAACCUUAAGUUUGUAAUGUGCAAGUCUGGUAUAAGUUCUAUAUUCUUCUAAGUAGAGCAAUAAUGCAAAAGCUGUUCUAUAUGCAAACAUGAUGUUAUUAUUAUGCAGACAAAUGAAAAAGUUACUGUUUUGUGUUGAGCGUCUCUAUGAUCUUGUUUUAAGCUGGGAUUAGUACUUUCUUUUCUACAGCCAAGAUAGGGCUCAUUGUGACCAUUGGCCAAGCUUUAGUCAAUCGAUGUUUUUGGUGUAAAAGAUUCUGGGGAAAUUCACUGCUGGACAAAGGGCAGCCGACCACUUGAGCAUCAUUGAGGUCUCACACCUGGCUCAGUCCAUUCAAUGGAUUGGUGGCUUUGGUUUUUUUAAUAUUGGCAGGGUGAAUAAAGCAGUAAUUAGGGUUUUUUUAUGGUAAGAUGGCACCAAAAGGAUGUAUUUUGAGUUUGGGAUAAGCAGACUAUUUUCAGCCUCAGCAGGACUUGGUGAUGCUUUGUGUUUGCUCCCUCAGUUCAGAAGUCAAUUGUACCCUAUGGUGUUUAUGAGGUCUAUUGGAAAACACUUUGGAGUUUUAUUUUGUGUAGUGCUAUAAUUUUCUUCUGUCUUAUCAAUAUAAUUUUUGUCACUUGAAGAAGCUGUAGCCAAAAAGCAAAAAACACCUUGUUCCAUUUUGUAUUCUAGUCAAGGCCUAUUGAUGGAGGUGGGACCAGAACUCCUUAUUUAAAGGUUUAUUAUUCAUUUGUCUUGUAUUUGCUACCAUAUCACUGUAAAGAAAAAAAUAACACUAUCAGCUAUUUUUUCAUUUUUUACUUCCAACUAUUUUAGAUUUUUUUACUUGAUAUAUAUACAGAUAUAUAUAUAUAUAAAGAAAAAGAUAUAUUAUAUCUAGUUGUGUAUUGAAACUUGUUUAGGGGGGUUUUUUUCUUUGUUUUUACCCACUGGAAAAUGAAUAGUACAACUCAUGUAUUUGUAACCUUCGUCCUUGGAUAAUAUCAUAACAUGGAGAAGCAGCACUGCAGGAUCUUAUCCAAUAUUCAUGAUGUUGU